CAAGAGCUGUCAGCGCAAAUUUAAAACUGCCUGUGGCUUCAUCCCCCUCGCUCCGUACUCCGGCCCCGCUCAUAGACCGCCAUGACUUCAUCCGCGACUCAUGACUUGAACUCAGGAGAGUGCUGCCACCUCAAGUGCAUUAUCAUUGGAGGAAGUAUUGCUGGUCUCUGUGCAGCGUAUACUCUCCGUGGUUCUGCACACGAGGUGAUUGUUCUGGACAAACGUGAUGACUGUGUCGAUACGCAUGGCGGUGUCCGAGUUCCGCCCAAUAUGUCACGGUUGUUGGAGACAUUGCCCGGAGGCAAAGAGUUGUUGCGAGAGCAUGGCGAAUCCUCCAAGGUCAUUGGCCGAAUGGUGUUCAUCGACGAAGUGUUGGAAGAUCUGGGGUGUAAAUUCUGGAUGAUUGCCUAUGACGUUCUGAUCCAGUAUCUACUGGGUCUCUGCCGCAACGCAGGCGUUCAGCUCAAGUUCCAGACGGAGGUUACAGCGGUACAUGCGGCACAUGGGCAGAGACCAGCAGUGGUAACGAUUCUAGGCGACCGCCUGGACUGUGAUCUGCUGGUUGGGGCUGACGGCCGAGAUGGAAUCGUCAUGGGCGCUAUCAACCAGCAGUCGGAACAGGACGAAGACGACUACGACAGCGACGGGGACUCGAUCUCUGAGAAACAGAGCAGCGCAGGAGUGUCUGAGAUUGUUUCGCAUUCUUAUUCCAUCAGCCUUUCUGCGAUGCGAGAUGACCCUGCACUAGUCUCACUUGCUCAGACCAAUGAGUUUAUGAUCUGGCCUGGCGCCAACAUUCUUGUCACUGGGCACAAGUCUGGCCAUGAUCUGUAUAUUCUGACGUGUACUCGCGUCACUGGCAUUCUGCCCGACGAUGUUGACACAGACUGGGACCCAAAUGCUCGACCUACCGUCGCAGCCGAUGUGGCCCUUACUGGACUAGAACCUCGUGUCGAACGAUUAUUCAAGAUUGCGCAUCAUUUCCAUUCGACGAUACAACGUGUGCCGAUCGUCCGUCGCAUCGUGCAUCCCACGGGCCUAGUUGUCAUUGGGGAUGCCGCCCAUACCAUUACAAUCAACGCCACACACAAUUCAUCGAUGGCUGUGGAAGACGGUUUUGCCCUCGGUCGCGUGUUUUCUCAUGUCAGCUCCCCCCACCAAAUUCCGUAUCUCCUGCAAGGCUAUCGACAAGUCCGCUUUGCGCGUUCCAUGGCAACGGAGGCAUCUGAACUGGGGCAUUCAUUGUCAUCACCUUCCCUCCUGGGCCAGCGCGCGAGAUGAGGAAUCAACAGCUGUCGCUGUCGCUGGUCAAUGUGGAUGACAUCUCGGAUGACAUCCUGGCUGCAACCUGGGGCACGUACUUGGUCCAGUUCGAUUAUGAUGCGAACGAGGCAGUGGAUGAAUGGUGGUUGAUGGGCAAGUUUAAUAUGCCUUACUGAAAAUAGAGACACAUACUCACACAUAGGAGGCUGCUUAUCACUCUCCAUGUUUAUAUCCACGACAGAUUCGUUUACUUACUUCUGUAUCUCUCCGAAAUACAGAGAAUUUACCGGAA